AGCCACAAGGGACCGCCUGCUUUCUGAGGUCCCGGAUGAAGAAAAGCUGGCUGGCUCACGUGUAUUAAACAAAACAGAGACGGUGGGUUGAUGUGUCUGCAGUUUGGUGGUUUCUGUGGGGAGCAGCGGUGUAGCUCGGGCCCCUGAGAGAUACUUGAUCGUCUUCUUAACAUCAUACAGCUCGAGUGGAUACUAUCUGGUGAGAAAUGGCGGAGGGAGGCUUUGACCCUUGUGAGUGCAUCUGCACCCAUGAGUACGCAAUGAGGCGCCUCAUCAACCUGCUCAGGCAAUCUCAGUCCUACUGCACAGACACAGAGUGCCCUCAGGAAUUGCCAGGUCCCAGUGGGUCAGUGGGUGGAGGUGACCUGACCCUCCCCAUGGUUCUGAUGGGAUGGGUGGUGGUGGCCCUGGUCCUGUUUCUGCUGCGCCCAUCCAGUCUCAGGGGUGCCCGUCAGUCAGGAAAACCCAGUGGACCCCACAAUGUGUUUGAGAAAUGGAAACAUGAGCAUGAUCAUCUACUCAAAGAGAAGUACAGGAAACAAAGGGAGGCUGAAAAUAAACUGAAGCUGACAGAACAAGAGCAGGAGGAAGAAAGAAAGAAAGACAGCAGAUCUGCCUUUUCUAACUGGUGUGAAAAGAAGAAAGAUGUUCUCCAUGAAAAACUCACGUCAGAGCGCAGAGAACUCAAAAAUAAAGCAGAGGAGGAGAAAUACAUCAAGGAAGAAAGAGAUAAAAUGGCCUUAGAGACGUAUGAAAACUGGGUGGCAAGAAAAGAUCUUGAGCAGAAGAGGCGGAAAGAAGAGAGACGAAUACAAGCGAUACUUGGAGAUAGUCCACCUCCACCGUGGAGCCCCCCAAAUAAAACCAUACCUUUUCGAAGAUGACAAAUAAAAUGUAGCAUAACACCCGUAUCAUAUCUGAUGGUGCUAUGUUAUAUGCUUUUAUUUAAAUUGCAAGUUUUGUCCUGUAUGAGAAUGAC